ACUGAUUGGGAAGGUGGCUAUUACCCACUGACUAUGAUCUUCAGUGAAGACUACCCUAGCAAGCCACCAAAGUGUAAAUUCCCUCAAGCUUUUUUCCACCCUAAUGUCUAUCCAUCUGGAACUGUUUGCUUGUCUAUACUUAAUGAGGAUAGUGGGUGGAGACCAGCUAUAACAGUCAAGCAAAUUCUUAUCGGUAUCCAAGACCUGCUUGAUCAGCCAAAUCCUGCUGACCCUGCCCAAACUGAAGGCUAUCAUCUAUUCAUCCAGGAUGCAGCGGAGUAUAAAAAAAGAGUCAAGCACCAGGCAAAGCAAUACCCAUCUCUUGUCUAGUGCUACAUAUGCUCACUUUAGGAACUAUUCUAGUAUGGUAGAUGUUUUCUAUUUCUUGCUCGGUUCUAAAAUUCUUGUGUGAUUGUUGGCUGCCAUAACAUGCAGACUGGUUGGUUUUAACUAUUUUUAUUUAUUCUCAAGUCUGGAUAACAUGUUAAUAUAUGACAAUGUGAAAGUCGACUGAUAAUACUUGUUGGCAAUACUUACAUUUCUAUAGAAAUGGAUAAUUUACUAUUUACGA